AUGAUACAUUCUGUUAUUCACUUUUAUCCAACUCAUAAUGGUUCUCUAUAUCCAUUUAUUAUAUUUCAUGAUGAAAAUUUUACUUCAGACAUGCGUCAACAAAUAUUAUCUUGUGCACUUCAAAACAAUAGAAAAAUAAACAUUUCAUUUGCACUAGCUAAUUUUCAAACAUCAAUACAACCAUCUAAUGAGUCUAGAUUGAAGAGACCAAUGGGAUAUCGUUUAAUGUGUCGAUUUUGGACAUAUGAUAUUUUUUAUCAUGCAGCUAUUCGUCAUGGUAGUUAUGAUUAUCUAAUGAGAAUGGAUGAUGAUUCAUACUUUUCAAAUGUAGUCAGAGAAGAUCUUUUUCUUUAUAUGAAAAAGCAAAAAUUAGAUUAUCUUUAUCGAUCUUCAUAUGAAGACUCGUUCGACUCGAUGCAUCCAAUCUUACAACAUUUUCUCAAUAAAAUUAAUCUUCGACUUGCUUGUAUUUAUAACAAUAUGUUUGUUAUUCGUUUGAAAUGGUAUUAUGAAUCCGAACGAGUUCAAAGUUUUGUUCAUGAAUUGAUUCGAGAUAAUUUAAUGCUUCGAGAAUAUAUUGGUGAUGGAUGUGUUCAUUCAGCUAUGCUUGAAAUUGAUAAUCGAGUGAAAGUCGAACGUCUUACAAGUAUUUCAUAUGGUCACAAUUUUCAUGUGAUGCCACCGGGAUACGUGAAAAUAUUGUUUCAUUUCGUAAAAGCAUUCGAUGAGGAGAUGAAGAAAUCAUGUCAACAGCUGACAGUACUGAGAGAUCCUCAAGGCAUAUUAAAACGAAUCAAAAUGUCCUAA